AUAUAUAGAAUAGAAUAGAAAGUACUUUAUUGAUCCCUGGGUGUAAAUUCAGCAAAUAUCAGAUUGUAGGUGGGUUUAUUUUGUACCCUUCGCGUUCAUAUUUCAUUGUUUGUUGCGUUUCACUUGAUUGUAAAAUAUCUUGAUCGAAAGGGGGUGUGACGUUCAUACUUUGUCAAUAUUCAGUGUUUUAUCGUUCAUAGAAAAAUUUAAAAAUUCCAUUACGUUUUUUAAGGCGGUCUGUCAUAACGUUUUUAAGCGUUCAAUCAGACAUUGUUGUGAGGUUUUGUAUUAGUGUUCCUAAAAAUAGAUAUACCGGCCCCCACACACAUUUCUUUUCUCUAAAUGUGGCCCCCGAGUCAAAAUAAUUGCCCAUUCCUGGGUCAGACGCAACACUUUAUAUUGUGCAAAGUCUUUCAUAAAAACAAAUACAACACCAGUCAGAAGUUUGGAGACAUUUUCUCGUGCAAGUAAAUGAGAUAGUGUCUCUAAACCUUUGACUGUUAGUGUGUCCCUAUAAGGGAAUCCGCACACAUAUUCCUAAUUUAUUGCCUUCACUGAUGUGAACAUGUUUUGUUUAUUUUCUCUGUUUUCACGUUUGUACCCGUUGACCUCCAGCCAACUGUGGGAAAAGAGCCGCCGAUGUUGUUUUUGCUCGCUCGUCGCCGCCCUGCAGGGUUCAGAGGCUUCCACAUCAUUCCCAGAGUGUCCCACGUGGUUCCCGAGAGCUGCCUGCUGAUAUUUGUGGGGCUCCUAGUGGGCGGCGUCAUCAAGGCCAUCCGGGAGACGGCGCCCGUCCUCGAUACCAAGCUCUUCUUCCUCUACCUGCUGCCCCCCAUCAUACUGGACGCCGGCUACUUCCUGCCCAUCCGCCCCUUCACAGAGAACCUGGGCACAAUCCUGGUGUUUGCGGUGGUGGGCACGCUUUGGAACGCCUUCUUCAUCGGCGGGGUGAUGUACGGCGUGUGCCGCCUGGAGGGCGCCCAGCUGGCCGGCGUGGACCUGCUGUCCUGCUUGCUGUUUGGCGCCAUCGUGUCGGCCGUGGACCCCGUGGCCGUGCUGGCCGUCUUCGAGGAGAUCCACAUCAACGAGCUGCUGCACAUCCUGGUCUUUGGAGAGUCGCUGCUUAACGACGCCGUAACUGUGGUGUUGUACCACCUGUUUGAGGAGUUUUCCCACGCCGGCGUGGUGACAGUGGCCGACGCCCUCCUGGGGGUGCUGUGCUUCUUUGUGGUGUCCUGCGGGGGCAUCAUGGUGGGCGCCAUCUACGGCGUCCUUGGCGCCUUCACGUCCCGCUUCACGUCGCACACGCGCGUCAUCGAGCCCCUCUUCGUGUUCCUCUACAGCUACAUGGCGUACCUGUCGGCCGAGGUCUUCCACCUGUCGGGCAUCAUGUCGUUGAUCGCGUGCGGCGUGGUGAUGCGUCCAUACGUGGAGGCCAACAUCUCGCACAAGUCCUACACCACCGUCAAGUACUUCAUGAAGAUGUGGAGUAGCGUGAGCGAAACGCUCAUCUUCAUCUUCCUCGGCGUUUCCACCGUGGCCGGGCCCCACGCCUGGAACUGGACCUUCGUGGUCGUCACCGUGGUCCUGUGCCUGGUCUCCCGAGUGCUGGGCGUCAUCGGCCUGACGUUUGUCAUCAACAAGUUCCGCAUCGUCAAGCUGACGAAGAAGGAGCAGUUUAUUGUCGCCUACGGUGGCCUUCGAGGCGCCAUCGCCUUCUCUCUGGGCUUCCUGCUGACCAACAAGAUGAAGGACUUGUUCCUCACCGCCAUCAUCACCGUCAUCUUCUUCACUGUCUUUGUUCAGGGGAUGACCAUCAGGCCUCUGGUGGAGCUUCUGGAAGUAAAGAAGAAGAAGGAAGGCGACGGCUCCAUUAACGAGGAGAUUCACACACAGUUCCUGGAUCAUCUCCUCUCGGGAAUUGAGGGCGUCUGCGGCCAUUACGGACAUCAUCACUGGAAAGACAAGCUGAGCCGCUUCAACAAGGCCUACGUGAAGAAGUGGCUGAUUGCGGGCGAGCGCUCCAACGAGCCGCAGCUGCUCUCCUUCUACAACAAGAUGGAGAUGAAGGAGGCCAUGAUGAUGGUGGAGAGCGGCGCCGCCUUCAGGCCGCCUUUGAUUGUGGCGAGCGAGGAACCCAAGGGGCCGUCCAGACGCAGGACAAACAUCUCCAGGGGUCGUGAGAAGGAAAUACGAAAGAUGCUGCAAUCCAACAUGCAGAAGAACAGACAGAGGCUUCGCUCCUACAGCAGACACGACCUCAUGAUCGACCCCUUCGAAGAAGACGACGUGACCGAGGUUCGAUUCCGUAAGCAGCGAGUGGAGAUGGAGAGGAGGAUGAGCCACUAUCUGACCGUGCCUGCAAAGCGCCCGGAGAUCCCCUCUGUGAGAAAAGUCGCCUUUGUGCCAGAACACCAAGUCUACACGUACGACGACGGCGACCCGCCGCCCCGCUCCAACCCGAGCUCCCCGGACGCCGUCAGCCUGCUGAACGAGUCCCAGCGGGCGCUCGAUCCUCGUGAGGGAUCCGAGCGCGGCGAAGAGGAGGGGGAGGGGGAGCUAAAGGUCAUACGCCGCCUCAGCGACCCCGGCCCCAAGUAGAAGAACUUUGAUGUUUCCGUGGCGGUCAGAGGCCACAGCCUAAGCUUUAUUUAUCCUGGUUUUUGCUUGCGCUUGAUUUUAUUGCUGGCGGCGCCAAAUGGGUGGAGUUUACCCUUCCAAGCACAAACAUAGUGUGUCCACCAAAAAACAUUUCCGUGUAAUAUUGUUCAAAACGUGGCUGCAUGGCUAAUAAUCAGUGUUUUUCUCAGGGACUGUUGGAGGCUGCGGUGCAAGUGUUCGUCAACAUUCCUCCUUUCGCACACGUCGCGUAUCUCAUGAGUUGAAAAAGACCCUGCAUACAUGUGCACGGCCCGAGCUGAAGCUGCAUGCGUGUUUGCCUUAAACAAAUGUUUGUGUUUGUGCCAGAGUAUUUUUAUAUUUUGAGCAAAAUUGACGUCAUGGAAUAAGUCUAAUAAAGGUUUGUACAUCAAGUGUUGGACAACCUUGCAUGGGAAAUAUGAAUCCCCCUAUCAUUACAAAUAGUAAAAAUAACACUGCGGAUUGUUGGUGCUGUUAAAAUUCUCGUUAGUGCCGUUACGGCUUUAAAGUUAUUCUGAAAUACAUUUUAUGACAAGUGACGUCAUCCAGCCCCUCCACUUUGUCGAAAUCACC